GUUAUGGGGGGAUGGAAGGUUAAGAAAGAGGUUCCUAUGGCAUGUUGCAUGGGUUGAAUUGGUACUGUAGGUGGGUCAGUUGAAGUACUUGAGAAAUAGCAACCUGCUUUUGGUAGAUGGAAUGAAUUAGAGUGGUUGUAUGGAUAGUCGGUCAAGAUGGAAUUGGUGGCGGUAGAAAGACUGAGGGAAUGGGUUGGAGGGAAGGAGGCUGGGCACCAUCUUUCUUCUAGCUCUCUUCCAAAGAGGAACGGUACUUCUCCAGUUCAUCACAAACACCUGAGAAAGCAAGCAAACUUACAGUUCCCAGAGUAACAUAAAUAGGUAAUAUAUAUCCUCAUCUGAAAGUAAUUUCCAAAAUAUUAAUUAGAUUCAUAUGUUUUUACUUUUUCAAUUUUAAUAAACCUUAAGUUUGUCUGCAGUCAGAGAUGGGAUGGUCCUGUUCCUUUCAAAUAAACACUUCCAGUCCUGUUUGUUAUAAAACAUGCCCAACUGUAAUGGGCUGUGGGAAUAACCUUGAGGAAGAAAAGGAAGAGCCACAGGCAAGGCAAUGGUCAGUUUUGAUAGAUGUUCCUUCUCAGAGACCUGCAGCAGGCAUCUUGCUGAAAUCCUCAGGAAGAACCAGAGUUUGAGAGAGUUAAAUUUGGCGUUUGACCAUACAGAUGACAGAGCAGUGGAACUGCUGUGUGAGGAGCUAAAACAUCCAGACUGUAAAGUAGAGAAACUAAGGCUUCAUGGAGAAUUCUGUGCUGAUUCCUUCAGCAGGCCUCUUGCAGAAAUAGUCAGCAAAAAUCAGAGCUUGAGAGGGUUACAUUUGUCCUUCCGCAACUCAGAUGACAGAGCAGUGCAAAUGCUGUGUGAGGGGCUCAAACAUCCAGACUGUAAACUAGAGGAACUAUCGCUUGAUGAAAUACUCCUGACCGGAACCUCUGACAUGCAUUUUGCAGAGGUACUCAGCAAAAAUCAGAGCUUGAGAGGGUUACAUUUGUCCUUCCGCAACUCAGAUGACAGAGCUGUGGAAAUGAUGUUUGACGGGCUGAAACAUCCAGACUGUAAAGUGGAGAUACUAUUUCUUGAGGGACAAUUCCUUUCUGAAUACUGCACCAGGUGUCUUGCAGAAAUACUCAGGAAAAAUUGGAGAUGCAGAAUGUGUGAAUUUUCCUUCAUGAACUCAUAUGACAGAGCUGUGGAAGUGCUGCAUGAAGAAGUGAAACAUCCAGACUGUAAAGUAGAGAUACUAUUGCUUGAUGGAGAAUUCCAUGGUGAAUCCAGCAGCAGGCAUUUUGCAGAAGUACUCAGCAAAAACCAGAGACUGAGACAGUUAAAAUUGUACAUUGAGGACGCAAAUGAAAGAGCAGUGGAAAUACUGUGUGAGGGCCUGAAACAUCCAGACUGUAACGUUGAGAAACUGAUCCUUGGUGGACAAUUACUCACUGUAUCCUGCAGCAGACAUUUUGCAGAAGUACUCGGCAAAAAUCAGAGACUGAGAGACUUAGAAUUGUCCUUCUACGAAGCAAAUGAAAGAGCAGUGGAACUGCUGUGUGAGGGGCUGAAACAUCCAGACUGUAAAGUAGAGAAACUCAGGCUUGGUGGAGAAUUCCAUGGUGAAUCUGGCAGCAGGCAUUUUGCAGAAGUACUCAGCAAAAACCAGAGAUUGAGACAGUUAAUAUUGUCCUUCUACAAUGCAAAUGAAAGAGCAGUGGAAAUACUGUGUGAGGGCCUGAAACAUCCAGACUGUAAAGUUGAGAAACUGACGCUUGGUGGAGAAUUCCAUGGUGAAUCUGGCAGCAGGCAUUUUGCAGAAGUACUCGGCAAAAAUCAGAGACUGAGAGACUUAGAAUUGUCCUUCUACGAAGCAAAUGAAAGAGCAGUGGAAAUCCUGUGUGAGGGGCUGAAACAUCCAGACUGUAAAGUUGAGAAACUGACGCUUGAUGGAAGAUUCCUGACUGAAUUCUGCGGCACACCUUUUGCAGAAAUACUCAGUAAAAACCUGGGACUGAGACAGCUAAGAUUGUCCUUCUACAACGCAAAUGAAAGAGCAGUGGAAAUACUGUGUGAGGGCCUGAAACAUCCAGACUGUAAAGUAGAGAAACUGAUGUUUGGUGGAAAAUUCCAUGGUGAAUCCUGCAGCAGGCAUGUUGCAGAAGUACUCAGCAAAAAUCAGAGAUUGAGAGACUUAGAAUUGUCCUUCUACGAUGCAAAUGAAAGAGCAGUGGAAAUCCUGUGUGAGGGGCUGAAACAUCCAGGCUGUAAAGUAGAGAAACUAUCGCUUGAUGGAAGAUUCCUGGCCAAAUCCGGUGGAAGGCCGUUUUCAGAAAUACUCAGCAAAAAUCAGAGACUGAAAGAAUUAACAAUUUCCCUCUACGAUAGAGGGGACAGAGCAGUGGAAAUGCUAUGUGAGGGGCUGAAACAUCCAGAUUGUAAAGUUGAGAAACUGAC